CCAAUUCAUUUCAUUGUGCCGCUCUAGCCGUAUACAUCGUGUCGUCUUUUUGUUCCUAACAAAAAAUAUUACUUCUUUUAAUUUCUGGAAAAAGGGUUCGAUUAUUGUAUCGUGUAUUUUUCACGCGCGACUAUUAACGGAAAUGUCGAUCCAAAACCUAAACACUCGCGAUCCCCUUGCGGAUGCCUCAAAGGGCAACGACGACGAUGUCCAGGAUGGACUCAUCCACAUCCGCAUCCAGCAGCGCACUGGUCGCAAAACUUUGACCACUGUCCAGGGUCUGUCGCAGGAGUACGACCUCAAGAAAAUCGUGGGGAGCUGCAAGAAGGAGUUUGCCUGCAACGGCACUGUCGUCGAGCACCAGGAGUACGGGGAGGUGAUACAGCUCCAAGGCGAUCAACGGGAGAACAUUUGCCAGUGGCUGACUAAGAUCGGAUUGGCCAAGGUCAAUCAACUGAAGGUCCAUGGAUUUUAAGGGCGGAGCGGAUGGGAUGGGAUAAUUGCAAGUUUUAGUCUCCAACAGUUCAACAAUCAGUCUGCCAUCUAAAUGAGAUUCUACAAUCAAGGACUCUACAAAAGUACACCAAUCUACAAUCUACACCUUCAAUCAAUCUACAAGAGUUCUUAAGUUUACAAUAUCUACAAUAAAUAUGCAAAAGCUCUACAAUCAAUUUGCAAAAUCUCCAAGAGCUAUUAUCUGCAAGAGCUACAAUCAAGAAAGCUUUACAAAUUCGCAUUACAAAAAAGAAACAAGUGCCAGAAAAAUAUUGUAGAAUCGAAUAUGCCGCACAUUAAAUUUAUUUUCAGAGGCUAUAUAUCAAAUUCAA